AUGUUUAAACGGUGGCUUACAGCGCUGCUGGCCCGAGUCGGCCUGAUUGUGCUGGGCCUCUGCUGCUGUCUGUCCCUGUUCUACCUGCUGGCUUGUAAACCAAAGUCUCAGAGCAACCAGGAGCCUCUGCUGUGGACUGGAGGGACCACCAGCAAGGAGGGGUACCUGGCCUUGUUACAGGAGAGAGAGGACUCUCACAGACAUUACAUCAACAGCCUGACCAAGCAGAUAGCCCAGCUGAAGGAGGCUCUUCAGGAGAGGACGCUGCAGCUACAGGAGUCCCUGGAAAAAGCUAAAACUAGAGGGAUUCUGCCACAGGGACUGGAGAGUCUGCACAAGACCCCGACACAGACUGACCUCAAGGAGUUUUUCCGCUCCCAGCUGAACCAAGCAGAGGUGAACUUGGGUGUAAAGCUGCCGAGUGAAUAUGCAGUGAUUCCUUUUGACACUUUCACUCUGCACAGAGUGUACCAGCUGGAGACUGGGCUGACCAGGCACCCAGAGGAGAGGCCUGUGAGGAAAGAUCGCAGGGAUGAGCUCAUCAGUACAGUAGAAACAGCUCUGCAUGCACUUAAUGGACCACAGCAGCAUGCAGACAGCACCAGGAGGAAGCACACAUACUCCCCUUCAGACUUUAUAGAGGGGCUGACUCGUACUGAGCGAGACAGAGGAAGUGUUUACGAGCUGAUGUUUAAAGGUGAUGGCCCACGGGACUUCACACAGCUUGUGCUCUUCAGACCGUUUGGACCUGUGGUGAAGGUUAAGAGCCAGAGUGUGGACACGAGCCGCAUGCUCAUCAACAUCAUCGUUCCUCUUUCCAAGAGGUUGGACGCAUUCAAGCAGUUCAUACAUAAUUUCAGGGAGGUGUGCAUCCAGCAGGACGGCAGGGUUCAUCUCACUGUGGUCUACUUUGGUAGAGAUCAGAUAGAUCAGGUGAAAGCCGUGCUGGACCAGACCUCCAGAGAGACCAGGUUCAGGGGUUUCACUUUGAUCCAGCUGAAUGAGGAGUUUUCACGAGGGCGCGGCUUAGACAUUGGUGCCAGGGCUUGGAGGCGAAGCCAGAACGUUCUGCUCUUCUUCUGUGAUGUUGACAUCCACUUCACCGUGGACUUUUUGACUUCCUGCCGUCUCAGUGCAGAGCCUGGUGAUCAGGAAGGACUCUGGAUUCUGGAGAGAUUUUGGAUUUGGUAUGACGUGUCAGUACAGGUCGGACUUCAUGAACAUAGGUGGUUUUGACCGUAACAUCAAAGGUUGGGGGUUGGAGGACGUUCACCUUUACAGGAAGUACCUUCAUAGUAAGCUGAUGGUGA